CUACAACUUUAAUCAUGGGUACCUCUAGCAAUGCGUCUUCAGGAAAAGAGCAAAUCUUCUCAGUCCAGCAGAUUGAGGAUCUAAUCGUCAAAGGCCAGGCGAUCGUCAUAAUAGACCAGAAAGUCCUCCGGGUCGAUGCAUGGCUGCCUUACCACCCGGGGGGUUACAAGCCCAUCCAGCAUUUCAUCGGGAAGGAUGCGACGGAUGAAUUCGUUGUGAUGCACUCAGCCGAAACCCGCCAAUUGAUCGACCGGUACCAGAUUGGAAGGAUUGAAGGCCGUUGGCGGAAUCUGGUGCCUCCCAUCCAGAGAGACCCGGAGCAUGGGCAUACGAAGAAUACCAAGAGUGGCCCCAACAGCCCAAUAAAUUAUCACGAGCAAGACCAUCAUCUCCCCGAACUCCCCCAACUAUCGUCCGACCGCAACACCCCGGAAGAACUAGCCUUCCUGAACGCGCAAACCAAAGAGGAGAUCCGCCUGACGCUGGACCGGUAUCCCUCCCUCGACGCGCCCACGCAGUCGACCAUCAUCGAGCGAUACCGCCGCCUGCACGCGCAGAUCCAAGCCGAAGGGCUCUACCAGUGCAACUACAGCGCCUACGCGUGGGAGUUUGGCCGCUGCGCCCUGCUCUUCUGCAUCAUGCUCGUCUUCCUCCGCCUCGAAUGGUACUGCACGAGCGCCGUCUUCCUCGGCUGGUUCUGGUCGCAGAUGGUCUUCGCCGCGCACGACUCCGCCCACAUGGCCAUCACGCACGACUUCCUCCUCGACAACCUACUCGGGAUGAUCAUCGCGGCCCCGAUCGGCGGGCUCUCGCUGGGCUGGUGGAAACGCACGCACAACGUGCACCACCUGGUCACCAACUCGCCCGCCCACGACCCGGACAACCAGCACCUCCCGUUCCUGGCCGUCAACCACCGCUUCUUGGGCAGUCUCUUCUCCUCCUACCACGAGCGUCUGAUGCCGUACACGCCUCUCGCCCAGCGCCUCGUCCCCUACCAGGCCUACCUGUACUACAUCAUCCUGAUGUUCGGGCGCUUCAACCUGUACGUCCAAUCCUGGAUCUUCUUGAUUCAAGGUCAGGGACCCCGCAAGGGGCCUGCCUGGUGGCACCGCUACUUCGAAAUCGCAGGCAACCUGCUCUUCUGGGGCUGGUUCGGGUACGGGAUCGUGUACCGCUCCUUGCCCACCGUGGGGACCAGGGUGAUGUUUGUCCUGCUCAGCCAUGCAGUCACCAUGCCGCUGCAUGUGCAGUUCACGCUGUCGCAUUUCGCGAUGUCGACGGCGGAUUUAGGCCCCGCGGAGUCGUUCCCGCAGCGCAUGCUCCGCACGACGAUGGAUGUGGACUGUCCGGAGUGGCUGGACUGGGUGCACGGGGGAUUGCAGUUCCAGGCGAUUCAUCAUCUGUUUCCCCGCGUGCCGCGGCAUAAUCUGCGCAGGGUGCAGCAGUUGGUGCUGGCGUUUUGCUCGGAGGUGGACAUUCCGUAUGCCCUGUAUGGGUUUGUCGGGGGGAAUCGUAAGGUGGUGGGGAGCUUGGCGGAGGUGGGCAGGCAGGCGGCCAUUUUGGCAGAGUGUCGGAGGGUUGUUGCGGGGAGGAUUGCGAGUGGGGAUGUGCACUAAUAUGUGAAUUGAGUCGAUAGGAUAGUCGAAUCGUG